GAGCUUAAUUCGAAGGCGAAGUCAUGGGAGUCCAAGCAGCCACCGAUUGCGGCACCCAUGGCCAGCUCCUCAGAGCCCAAGUAAGAGCCAGAGAUGCAAGCAUGGCUUGGGGACCAUGUUGCAGCCAGUGCAUGUGUCAACGGCAUCUAGGGGGCAUCAGGCGUGGACGCGUUUGUUCCGAAGUGGUGGCGCGCGGGAUCCACAGUGGCUUGCUCGUGGACCCUCAGUUGUUUCGGAGCCUGUCUAAUUCCUGCCCGACGGCUCCAUGGCUGCAGGGAGGUCGAUUCCUUAGCGCUCACGUCUGAGCGGGGUGAGGCCCUUAGCCACUUUGGUCCAAGGGGUCGGGGUGCCGCGGGGCGUGCGCCGCCCAGGCCGCUUCGCGGGCGCGGUCGCGGCGCCAUGACCACCCGCACUCCCGCGGUGCCGGACGAUUUCCCACACUUUCUGGCGUGGUAUGGGCAAGUGCCCAGCUUUGACCACGCCAGGGUGCGGAGCAAGGAGUUCCACUGCCGCGACCACGUCUUCCACAUCCGGCAGCUGGUGGAUGCGCGGUACUACCUGAACUGGCAUUAUGCCGACGCGGGCACAUACGGCGUCUCGGCGUACUUCAACGCCGCGGAGGAUUGGCUACGUUGCCGGCGAAUACGCGCCAUGGACCCGUCGGACAGGCCCCACGCGUUGCGAGAGUGGUUCCUCGAGAAGUAUCAGGUCAACAAUGUGUGGCAGUACCGCGAGCCGCCUCCCGAGAUAGGCAAGCACGAGCUGCUCUGACACCUGCGUCACCAGCACAGUCCAGCAAUAGACCAGCCGCUCUCUGGCCAGAGCCUUGUGCAGCGCGGUGCGUGGCGCGGCCUGCUGUUAUAGGGCGGCGUAACCGCUGGAAGUGAAAAGGAGUGCUGUGCUCAGAUAGCGUGUUCCUCGGAGCCGACUCUCAGUAGGGAUCGAAGGUACGCCGCGGCGGAAAUCAUAUCACAAUAAUGCGAAAGACCGAGCCCAGAUACCAGAA